CUUUUUUUUUUUUUUUUUUUUUGAGCUGUAAACUUAAGUUAGGUUGACUGAACAGCCACUGCAGUCCUUGAAAAACAUCUCUCUUGAGCCAUAGCAAAUCCAAUUCCUUUCUGUGUUCACUAAAUUAAGCCCAAGAAUUCAGGCAGGCCUUCCCAGGAGCUGACUGCACACAGUCAAUAAGAUGUAAGAUGUAAGAUGCCUGUUGGAUUUUGUACUUGUCAGUUUUCCUGGCUGUAUACUGCUUCUGUGCUUUUCCUGAAAAAGGAUUGAGUGGAAUGGGCCCCUACCAGGAAAUAGAAAAAAUUAGGUAACAGAAGCGCACUUGUUUUCAAAACUAAAAAGUUUGCUUUUGCAAACAAAACCUCACAUGGUUUGCUCUAUUCUUUAUAGGAGAAAUAAGUAGCUCUCUUUGGGCCUUACAUCUUCCCAGCGUUGUUGUCUUCUUUAGUGUCUUCAUGUGGUGGCUUUCUGCAUUUAAUGGGUGCCUGGGUGUAUCUUCACAGAGUAUUUGCAUCCAAAGAAUAACAGAUCUGUGAAUAAAGAGAUUGUCAGCUUUCCUUUAUUAGCUACAGAUACUCAUAAAGUUGUAGAUUUGUGGGAACCUGUAUUUUCCGUAUAAUGACUAGUCCUGUGUUUUUGUUCCAAAAUGAUGUGUGAGGUGAUGCCCACCAUCAGUGAAGAAGGCCCUUCAGGAGGAAGUGAAAACCAUGGAUCUGGCUGCCCUUCACAACCAGAUGCAGAUUCCCAUUUUGAACAGCACAUGAUGUCCAUGCUAGAAGAAACAUACAUUGCUCAGAGCACACUGAUAGAGACUCAAGAAACAUUGGCGUUGACCCAGGGGAAAUUACUCGAGGUUGGUCAUGAGAGAGAUUCGUUGCAGAGACAACUCAAUACUGCGCUUCCACAGGAGUCUUCAACGCUUGCAAAAGAGCUCAACAUUUGCAGGGAACAGCUGCUUGAGAAGGAAAAAGAAAUUGCUGAACUGAAAGCAGAAAGGAACAACAUGAGGCUGCUCCUGGAACAUCUGGAGUUCCUUGUCUCCAGGCAUGAACGCUCUCUCGAAACGACUGUGAUGAAGCGGUGUCCUGCAGGUGUGUCCACAGAGAUGGAAGUGCUAAAAGCACUGACAUCCUUAUUUGACCACCACAAGACCCUGGACGAAAAGGUACGAGAGCAAUUACGUGUAGCACUGCAAAGGUGCAGCUUGCUGGAAGAGGAACUGGGCGCCACGCAGAAGGAGCUAAUGACUCUUAAAAAACAGAAUAAUGAGAAAAAAUCACCAAGAGAUGGAGUGCUUGACCAUGAAGAAGAAGAAACACCAAGCACUAGUGGAAAGUUGCUAGCUUGCAGAGAAGAAGAACGAGAUGACAAGACAACGAUAAAAUGUGAAACUUCCCCUCUCUCCUCUCCGAAGUCCCUUCAGCUAGACAGGCUGCACACAGGGGCGUUGCAAAUAGUCAGCCACGAGGACAUCAGGGACAUGCAAAAAUCAAAAAGUGCCCAGGAUGGUCCUGUGAGCAAUCCCAGUAGCAGUGACAGCAGGCAGGACUCGCCCCACAAAGCCCCAAAGAAGAAGGGCAUCAAGUCCUCCAUUGGUCGUAUGUUUGGCAAAAAGGAAAAGGGUCGGCCUGGACAAACUGGCAAAGAAUCACCAGGACAAGAAACCUCAUCUCAGGAUGCGUUCCGACUUAGCAAAUUGGGAGGAAAGGCUGAAAAAAAUCAAAAAUUUUUUUUUGUAGCUGUUGUUUCUGAAGCCGAAAACUCAUCUCAGGAUGCCUUCCAACUUAGCAAAUUGGGAGGAAAGGAUGAAAAAAAUCGUCAACUUCAAAAACAGCCUGAGUUGCUGGAGGAAGCCCAGAGGCAAGGCUUACCAUUUUCACAGUGGGACGGGCCAACCGUGGUUGAAUGGCUGGAGCUCUGGGUUGGGAUGCCUGCUUGCUAUGUGGCUGCCUGCAGAGCAAAUGUGAAAAGUGGGGCCAUCAUGUCAGCUCUGUCAGACAGACAGAUCCAGCAAGAGAUUGGCAUCAGCCACCCUCUGCACAGACUGAAGCUGCGGCUGGCCAUCCAGGAAACCCUGUGGCUCACCAGCCCUUCGGCUCCACCCACAUUGAAAAAGACACUUGCAUAUGGGGACAUGGACCACGAGUGGAUUGGCAAUGAGUGGCUGCCCAGCCUGGGCCUACCUCAGUACCGAAGCUAUUUCAUGGAGUGCCUUGUGGAUGCUCGGAUGCUGGACCACCUGACCAAGAAAGACCUGCGGGGGCGGCUGAAAAUGGUUGACAGUUUUCACAGGAACAGCUUCCAGUGUGGACUUAUGUGCCUAAAAAGGUUAAAUUAUGAUCGGAAAGAACUGGAAAGAAGAAGAGAAGAAAGUCAGGAUGUAGUUAAAGAUGUGCUUGUUUGGAGCAAUGAUCGAGUGAUUCGCUGGGUCAUAUCCAUUGGCCUUAAAGAAUAUGCAAACAACCUCAUAGAGAGUGGGGUUCAUGGCGCACAGCUGGCCUUAGAUGAAGCCUUCGAUUACAACACAUUGGCCCUGUUGUUACAGAUCCCGACAGAGAACAGAAAGGCUCGAAAUGUCUUGGACAAAGAAUUUGCCGACCUUUUGGUCCUUGGGACUGUCAGACGUUUUGAUGUCGAGGAUGACAAACACUUUAGGAGAGCACCUUCAUGGAGAGAGAAGGUUAGAGAAAAGGCCAUUCAUGGCGUGGCAACUGGGUCAUCAGAGACACUCCCUGCAAACUUCCGAGUCUCUUCUUCCAAGUCUUUCUGCUCUAUGCAGCCCAAUGAGAUCCAGAUGGAUGGCAGUGUAUCAGAAACACAGAAGUUGGAUUCUGCGACAACCAGGACUUCCUCCUGUUAAGCCUCCUGUUGUUUUCCUGCACUACUUCUACAGAUGAUAUGCAGCAUUUUGAAUCCAACAGAGACUACGUUUUUUAAUUCAGUCGAAUCGCUAUCUGUUAAUACUUGUUAUAUGGACUCCUAAGAUAUUUUAUAACAGAGUUUUUAAUUAGUGAAAAAUUCAUCAAUAACAUAGAGAAAAUAUUUUAGAAUUUAAUGUUUCUUCUAUUUUUGUAAACUUAGGACUUUUCAUUUAUAUAGUUACUUACUUUUUCAUCUAUGUUUAGGCUAUAAAUAUCUCUGGAAGCAAUUCAUGUUCUUAUAUCUAAUUUUAGUCUUUCAAAUGGAUGUACUGUAAUGCUUGUAUGUAUAAACCCUAUGAACAAAUACACGGCUUUUGUAAAUUGUGCACAUAUUGUAAUUAUUACUAUUUAACUUUUUAAUGAUAAGCCAUCCCUGAAAAAAUUAGUUUACUACACUUUUUUUUGUCUUUUUUGUUUUUAUCGGUACUAGGGAUCAAACUCAGGACUGCCUGCUUGCAAGGCAGGUGCUUAUGCCACUGAGCUAAAUCCCCAGCCCAGUUUACUACAUUUAUAAAAUUGUUGUGACAUAAGCAAUGUGCAUUAUCUUUCACCUUGCUCUACAUCAGUCAUUUUAAAAUCAGGAGACUUCAUUCCAAGCAGUUGUCAUAUUUUGAGGUUGACUGACCUUAACUGUUCUUUUUUUAGCAAGAAAUCAGAGUCUAAUAAAGUCGGGACUGAACCGUUGCACCAGAGCACUAUAGAACAUUCUUAGCACUGGUUCCCUUUUCCCCAUCCUGUCUCUGGACUUGGGGAGCUUGUUUUCAGAGACUUGACCAGAAGCCAUGAGCUUGGAGCUGCUCUCAGCAGGGCUGGAGUGGCCAGGGGUGGACCCCAGCCUGGCACCUUCCCUGCCUCUUUCCUGUGAGCAUGUGGAAGGUGCCUCCAGCUAUUCUUAGAGGACCAAUCACUGAGCACUGUGCUCACAUCUCACAGACAUUGGUGCAUGAGCAGAUGAGAGCAGGAAACCCUGAAAAUAAAGUUGUACAACUCUAACUAAUCAAGGCCUUAUUUUUCAUAUGUCAGUCACCUUUUUACAUUGGUUUAUAAACAUGUUUCAACUAGUCAUACAUUUUUAGAUUUUGAUGACAUAGCCAUUUUGGAUUGAACAAGUAGCAAAAGCAACUUGCUUUUCACUGGCAUAUUAAAAAGCCAGCAAGGAAGGAGUCAGAUCAGGGUGCAUGUUAUUUAUUGUGCAACUGAUACAUGGGUAGAGGCAGCAUGCCUUUUUAAUUUAGUUUAUGCAGGGGCUGGGGAUUUAGCUCAGCGGCAUAAGCGCCUGCCUUUCAAGCAGGCCGUCGUGAGUUCGAUCCCUGGUACUGAUAAAAACGAAAAAGACAAAAAAAAAAAAAAAAAAAAGAAAAAAGAAAAAAAGAAAAAAAAUAAUUUGGUUUAUGCAUACAAUUCACUUGUACAAUCCAUAUUACUGCCCUUUUUCUAUUAAUUUUUGUGGAAUUUUCUGAGUAUGUAACAAAGUAUACAGUCAUAUACAUAUAUAUACUUUUGAACUAUUUUAAUCACAGUAUUAUUUAUUGCUUUCUUUCAAUAAAGUUCUGAAUCAUU